AUGACUGAUGAAGGCGACGAUAUUCCACAAUGGCUUAGUUUACUGAUUGUGUUAUCGGUAAGUUCAACGGUUUUCCUCGCCUUGGUGUUAAACUGUAAUCCAUAUCUGACCAGUGAAAUCGGUUACGCCGAUGGAGGGGACAUGUAUUCUCAUCAGAUAGAAAUCCUCUACCUGAAGGAACUACUUCAAAGUGGAGCAACGGAUUUUUGGUUCGACGAAGUCACGUUGGGUUACCCUUUCUUCCUCGCGUAUAAACCAUUUCCGUGUUUAGUUACAUCCAUCUUGAUGAUCCUCACAGAAUCAUUUAUCAGUCCCCUGUUGUUGUUCCGAUGGAUGUAUCUGGUCAUUCUCUCAGUAAUGCCAUGGACAUGGUUGAUUGGCCUGCGUAAGCUAGGACUGACACGAUUGGAGGCGACUUUGGUUUCCCUUUGCGUGUAUUCCAUAAAUAGCUGGCGAAAGUUUGGAUUGGAGCUGGAAGCAUUUCAGUAUUAUGGACUCUUCACACAGGCUCAUGGAAUGGCUAUAUUUCCAAUGGCAGCUGGGUUCCUGUAUAAGUACAUUAUAUAUGGCCUUGGCUCAAGAAAUAAAACAGUGUUACUGGUCGUCCUCAACUUCACUGCGCAUGCGUUCUUCGGCAUCUAUCUUGGCAUAGUGACCGGAGUAACCUUGGUAGUAGAUUUGUUUACCAAUCCACUGCCUUUUAAAAGGAAAAUAUGGUCGCCUUCAAUCUCGCGCGCAUGCUCCGUGCACUUUCUAACUGUUGCUUUGCUGUCGUGGUGGAUUAUCCCAGUGUUAGUAAAUUUUAAAUACAUUGGAGGUUUACCUUGGAAGAAUGACAGUGAGAACGGCUACCAGGCUGGAUUUAUUCUUAGAAAGUUAUUUUCCGGGGACGUUUUUGACCACGAAAGAUCAUUUCCAUUUAUUACUGUCGGAGUGAUAGCAGGGUUACCUUGUGUCUGUUUUACAUGGAGAAGGAAGGACAGAAAUACAUUGUACCAUAGCGCUAAACGAAGAAUGAUACUUACUUGGCUUGGUGCACUGUCGGUUCUACGACUUGAUUCCAUUUCAUAA